GACGAGUAGGUUUUGUUGGAGUUGGAGACGGAAGACCCAUCUACUAUAUCCCCGGUUCCCAACUGGACAUUGCUUUUCACUUUUCUUUUCUUCACCACUCCUACCGCAAAUUCCCACGGCGAGGCAACAGCGGAGUGUGGAUGCGUUGUUUGUUUUUGUGUGCGUGUCUUGAGAAUUUUACUGCCACCUUUACUACUCUUACUACUAAUCAUCGAAUCUCCAAAACUCAGAUCCUCACCAUUCACACACACACUCACGCAUUAACACACUCCACUCCCUCGUACUCUUUGACGUUGGGUUGGAGUAGAGGUGUCUAUCCCAUCCGCAUGUAUGCAGAGAUGAUAUGAUGUUUCUUUGAUCGGAUCCUGAGUUAAAUUCCAGAUGGGUCACUUGAAUCUACCCUCAUCUAAGCAGCGGAACAACGCUCGCCAAUGGCGCCUACUCGACCUAGUCACUGCUAUUCUGUUUGGGGCAGUUUUUAUUUUCUUUGUCUUGGUCUUUACCCCACUGGGGGACUCUCUGGCCGCGUCCGGGCGGCAGACUCUGCUCCGCUCCUCUAUGGGUGCAGCCGAUCCGCUGCAACGGGCGAGACUCGUUGCUCUAGUGGAAUCCACUGGCAACCCGGUAAUUGAUUCUUGCCCUGCCGAGAUGGUGGAUCAUAUGCCCUGUGAAGAUCCCAGGAUUAAUAGCCAGCUUAGUAGAGAGAUGAAUUUCUACAGGGAAAGGCAUUGUCCUGCACCUGAGCAGACGCCCCUUUGCUUGAUUCCUCCCCCUCAGGGGUACCGAGUUUCGGUUCAGUGGCCAGAGAGCUUGCGCAAGAUAUGGCACGAUAAUAUGCCGUACAAUAAAAUAGCUGAUAGAAAAGGUCACCAGGGAUGGAUGAAAAAGGAAGGUCCAUACUUCAUCUUUCCUGGUGGUGGCACUAUGUUCCCAGAUGGAGCUGUACAAUAUAUCGAAAAACUUAAACAGUACAUCCCUAUAGCUGGUGGAGUUUUGAGAACAGCUCUUGACAUGGGGUGUGGGGUUGCAAGUUUCGGGGGUUACCUACUAGCAGAAGACAUUUUAACUCUUUCAUUUGCUCCAAGAGAUUCACAUAAAGCACAAAUACAGUUUGCUUUGGAAAGAGGAAUACCAGCAUUUGUUGCCAUGCUUGGCACUCGCAGACUUCCAUUUCCAGCUUUUUCAUUUGAUCUAAUGCACUGUUCUCGAUGCUUGAUUCCUUUCACUGCCUACAAUGCAACAUACUUCCUGGAAGUUGAUCGAUUACUUCGCCCAGGAGGGUACUUGGUCAUCUCUGGCCCCCCUGUACAGUGGCCUAAACAAGAUAAGGAAUGGGCAGACCUCCAGGCAGUGGCCAGAGCACUGUGUUAUGAACUGAUUGUUGUGGAUGGGAACACUGUCAUCUGGAAAAAGCCUAUGGAAUCAUGUCUUCCAAAUCAAAAUGAAUUUGGGCUGGGAUUUUGUGAUGAAUCUGAUGACCCAAAUGUUGCAUGGUACUUCAAAAUGAAGAAAUGCAUUAGCCAGACUUCUGCUGUAAAGGGAGAGUUUGCUAUUGGUAGAAUUCCAAAAUGGCCAGAAAGGUUGACAAAAGCUCCUUCAAGGGCCACGUCACGGAGAAAUGGAAUGGAUGUCUUUGAUGCUGAUACCCGACGAUGGGUGAGGAGAGUUGCUUACUAUAAAAAAUCAUUAAAUGUGAAGCUAGGAACAUCAUCCAUUAGAAAUGUCAUGGACAUGAAUGCAUUAUUUGGGGGCUUUGCUGCUGCAUUAACUUCUGAUCCUGUCUGGGUGAUGAAUGUCGUUCCUGCUCGCCAACACUCGAUGCUUGGUGUCAUUUAUGACAGAGGCCUUAUUGGAAUGUACCAUGAUUGGUGUGAACCUUUCUCCACAUAUCCCCGGACUUAUGAUCUCAUUCAUGCAGUGUCUGUUGAAUCUCUUAUAAAGGAUUCUAGUUCUGGGAAGCUGAGAUGUAACCUUGUGGAUUUAAUGGUUGAGAUCGAUAGGAUGUUGCGCCCAGAAGGUACAGUUGUGGUCAGAGACUCACCGGAAAUGAUCGACAAAGUUGCUCGCAUUGCUCGUGCAGUAAGAUGGAGGGUUGCUAUACAUGAAAAAGAGCCCGAAUCAAAUGGGAGGGAGAAAAUUCUGGUCGGAACAAAAAAUUUGUGGAAGCUGCCUUCAGCAUCCAACUGAUCUGAAGUUCUGUUCCCUGUAAUCUGGGAUUCAUUCAACUUCAUAGCAGCAGUUUUGAUUAUUUAGCAUUAAUUAUCCUUCCAUGCGUCAAUGAUUAGUUCUCCUCAAGGAUUUAUACAGUACUUUUUUUUUUUUUUUCAUUUCUUUGACAUUGCAUAAAGGGUAGCUACUAGAAUCAGAUCAGAAAUAUGUAGAGAUGUGAAAACAUGUAUGUAAAGAAAAUUACACUCAAGUGAUGGUGGUCGUUUUUCUGGGCAAAGAUGCAGUUAGACUCUUCCACUGAAA